UUCUUUCUUUUUUUUUUUACACUGACCCAUAAAGGCUCUAAAAGCAAUCAUUUCUUGUUCUCUCUGGCUGCAUUCUUGCAGCCACUGAGAAAUACUGUGAGAGCUGCGAUUGGUCACAGCUUGUCACAUGGUACAAGGCUGUUGUGAAUAGCACUGUACCAUGUGACCUCUGUGAUCAUUCACAGAUUUCACACGUAGUAAGCAAUGAUGUCAGAAGUGACAUCUUGUUUACUACUAUUUAUGUGAUCACUGAUUGGUCAAUCAGUGAUCACAUGAUCUGGACCUCACACAGAGAUCCCGUACAGCGAUCAGUGUUCCGUUGUGUCCUCACAGCGGGAACCAGAUCGCGGUGCCGCGUGCUCCCAGGGAGCACGCACAGACUAAAAUGUCGGGCCUCGUUUAUAAACGGCCACCUGCUCCUGCACUGCUCCCGUCUGGCCGUUUAUAUACAUGGGCCGGACGGGAAGGGGUUAAUAAAGGCAUUAUUUGACUUGUUCAUAAAA